AUGGGCCUGCACAGCCCCCGGCUGGCCACCGAGGCGUGCAGGGACGCUCCUGCGCUCCCCUGCUCCGCCGCACGCAGGGCUCGGGGGGUCUGGGUGCCACCAGGUGAUCCCUGCAGUGACCCCCCCACCACUGUGGCCUCUGCUUUGUCCACAGCACACGCUGAAGAUGUUGGAACCAGCCUCUACUUUGUGAACGACUCCCUGCAGCAGGUCACCUUCUCCAGCACAGUGGGGGUGGUGAUCCCCUGCCCGGCAGCAGGGUCACCCAGCGCCGUCCUUCGGUGGUACCUGGCCACAGGUGACGACAUCUACGAUGUGCCCCACAUCCGGCAUGUCCAUGCCAAUGGGACUUUGCAGCUCUACCCCUUCUCGCCAUCAGCCUUCAAUAGCUUUAUCCACGACAACGACUACUUCUGCACCGCAGAGAACUCGGCUGGCAAAAUCAGGAGCCCAAAUAUCCGUGUUAAAGCAGUUUUCAGGGAACCGUACACCGUUCGGGUGGAGGACCAAAGGUCGAUGCGUGGAAACGUGGCUGUUUUCAAGUGCCUCAUCCCCUCUUCAGUGCAGGAAUACGUUAGCGUUGUAUCCUGGGAGAAAGACACCGUUUCUAUCAUCCCAGGUAAGAGAUGUGCACCUGUUCUCUUGGAAAUCUGA